AUGCCAUCCAGCAUGGCGCGAAGAUUGCUCACCGGAGGUAAACGUCUAUCGAGCGCUGCGUUUGGCAACGGUUACUACUUCGAGCGCACUAUCCUCCGCGACGUGGAUGCUUCCGUGCAGGUGACGCAGGAAGAAAGCUUUGCGCCUAUUGCUGCGGUGUACAGGUUCAAGACUGAAGAUGAAGUCGUACAGCAGGCAAACGGUACCGACAUGGGUCUUGCAAGCUACGUGUUUACCACGGAUGUGAAUCGUUCAUGGCGCCUGCUGGACAAAUUGGAGGCGGGAUAUGAUUGGGCUCAACACACUGGGAACUCUUCUGCGGCGGAGUCGCCGUUUGGUGGGAUGAAGAUGUCUGGGUAUGGGAAGGAGUCUGGGAAGGAUGUGGCUGUUGCAGAAUACUUGGUAUCAAAGACAUGUACCAUGACUGUAGAGGGUGCGCUGCCUUGA